AUGGAGCUGCACGUGACAUCUAGCGAAGAGAAUUUCUUCCGCAUCUUCUACGACCUCGAAGUCUUCGGCGUGCCCGUCUACUACGACAUGGCACAAUCGAUCAUCACCUUCGCACGUGGUGACAACGCAGCUUGCGCCAUCCAUGUUGCAAAUAUUGCAUCGCAGAUGUGA